GAGUAACAUCAACUAAUAAACGAAGAGAUAAAAAGAGAAUAGUGAAAACGAAUCAAAAAAUUGCCAAAAAAAUCACUUCAACUGCCAAUACUUGACAAUACUUACUCGAUUGAUUGUUGUUACUUUUUUUUUACUUCAUCUUAUUUGUCAAUAUUAUCAAUUUGAGUGAUCAAAAUCAAGGCCUGAUAUUAAAAGAAUCGAUUGGUUAAUGAUGACCGGAAAAAAUCAACUUCCCAAUCAUAGCCCUUCGGCUCCUGAUUAUGAUUAUUUGAUUAAAUUUUUGUCUCUUGGUGAUUCGGGAGUGGGUAAGACAAGUUUCCUUUACCAAUAUACUGAUGGUUCAUUUGAUGGUAAAUUUAUAUCAACCGUUGGAAUUGAUUUCAGGGAGAAAAGAGUUGUUUAUAAGCCACAAAAUUUAGACGGAGUUUCAAGGAGAAGUCAACGGAUUCACCUUCAACUAUGGGACACUGCAGGUCAAGAAAGAUUUCGUAGUUUAACAACGGCUUUUUUUCGUGAUGCAAUGGGCUUCAUUUUGAUCUUCGAUAUAACAAGUGAACAAUCAUUUAUCAAUAUUCGUGGUUGGUUAGAUCAAUUAAAGACUCAUGCUUAUUGUAACGAUCCCGAUGUAAUACUUUGUGGUAAUAAGGUUGAUCUAUUUGAGAAACGAGUUGUUUCCGAGGAACGAGCUAAACAAGAGGCACAAAAAUAUGGGUACUGUUUACAUUGCUGCUGGUUUUGUUGUCGUCUUUCCUGCCUCUGUAAUGAUUUGGCUAUAUUACACUCGAAAUACUUGGGAUCUUGUACUUCGUGCAGAGGCCGAGGCCAAAGCCACAAAAGAACCACAAGACUCCACUUGUCAGUCAAAAUCUGAGUCUUCUGAUAGUGACGAUUAUCACAACAAAUCGACUCCAAGAGUGCAAAGCAGAGUAAUUUAUCAGAGCCAAGAGAAUAUCGUUACAGUCCAUUCCGAUCAUGUUGAAAAGAAUUUCCCUGAUCAAGACUCGAUUAAUUCGGACGAAGACGAUGUUUCUAAACUCGAAUCAACUUCAACUGAUAUUGUUCUUGGAACGGUUGAAAUUGUUAUUGAGAAGACUAAUCAAUGAAGUAAUUGAUUUCAUGACAUGAGAAACUGAGCCACUACUUAAUUGUUAAACUGUUAGCAAAUCUCAUAUUGUUUUUGGUGCAAAAUUGUAAGAUUUUUAUCACUUUGUAAACCAGACGCUCGUUUUAAUCGAGUAGUUGACACGGAUUUGAAGUUAAACAAUUAUAUCAUGUGUAAAGUAUUGGAAAUUUAAUGAUAGAAAUUAGUAUAGAACAUGUAAAUUGUCAAAUUCCAUCGUAAAAAUAAAGCUCAUUUUUAUAUUCGAUUCCUUUCGGUAAGUCACAAGCCUGUACAUUUGCUGUUUUCUCGACAGUUAUUAGUUAAUAUCUUUACCACUCAAUCUUGUCUAAUCACUUUGUUUAAGUCUCACAAUCAAAGAGUAAUCAAUCAACUCUUUGAUUUAGAUUAUGAUUUUGGUGAAUUAUAUCCUUAAACUCAAUAACGAAUUUGUUCAUUGAAGUUAUUCUUCUUAUUCUCACCAUCGAAGCUUUUACGCUCAUGGAAUAACAUGGUGAAGAUUAUAAUCAACAACUGA